UGUUACAGGCAGCGAGGGCAGCCCCAAACCCUUCUUCGGAUUUCUUCCUUUCCGUGCUAUACGAGCUCUAAAUCAACUCGGAGCAGCCCGUAAGAUAGAGAGAGUUUGAGCCAGAUACUCCGGAAAAUGAAGCCCCCAUCGUCUGUUGGAGUCAUCUCUGCGUUCCUGACUGUGUGUGCUGUGAGCCUGUUUCUAACGACGACGUGCGUGUAUGGCGAGACGGUUAAAGGGCGCCGCCUAGAGGCUCAGGACUGUUCUGCAGAAGCGGGGCGCGUUCGGAACAUGCGCAGACUGAGGAGAGGGACAGAAACAGAGCUGUCCAGGACUCGUUCCCAGAUCAGUCGGCUCAUCAGUCGACUCAAAAUGGCGGAGACCAAAAUGUCGGCGCUGCGCCACAGAAUGAGCCGAGCCGAACAGAGCUACAUCUCCUGCGCUUCUGAGAUGAUGGGUGUCGGCAAGAAGCGACAACCUCCUCCUGACAAACCGCUGAACGAUGGAGUCUAUCACGAGGUUUUUGACGACGGAGUUGUGUUACCCUGGUAUCACCGUUAGGUCAACGUUUUGAUGCGGUCUGAUUUUGAUACAUUUUAUGAUACAUUAUUUGUAAACAUUAUGCAAAGCAAAUGCAUAAUGUUUACCUUCACAUAUGGUCUGCUCUUAGACUGUUAAUUCCCACUCA